CCGAGUUUUAGUGAUAACCGCACUGUGGUGCCCAGUGGUCGCGUUGCGCGCUCAACUUCAGUUUGAAUUUAAAACGUGCUAAUUUUGUUGAAUUUCGAGUGCAUAUAUAUUCAAGAGCUAUUUCUGUGCACAAAAAAGUGAGCUCAGUUGAAAAAAGAUGGAGAUGCAGCUGCAGUGGAAGUGUUGGAUGUUGAUCUUCCUGAUCGGACUGCCGGGACUUUGCUCCGGCUAUCGGAUACUCUUCAUGGGACCCUUUCCCGCCCCCAGUCACUGGCUCUGGCUGGAGCACUUCCAAAGGGACCUGCUGCGGCAGGGACACCAUGUGACCAGUGUGAACAAUCAUCCCACCAAGCAGCCCCACGAGAAUCUCACGGAGAUCAUCAUCAGCCCCUCCUUCGACAUACCCAAACACUUUCCAAAGGAGAACAUCUUUACGAUGCAGUUUGUGAGCGAUUUCAAUAACCUGGAUCUUUGGUGGACUAUCGGGCUCAUGACCACGGAGCAUGCCUUCAAUGAUCCCAAAGUUAAGCAGCUGAUCGAGAGCAAGGAUGAUCAUUACGAUUUGGUCAUACUGGAGCAGUUUUUCCACGAGGCCUUCCUGAUGUUCGGCAAGAGGUUUAAUUGUCCGGUGGUGACCAUUGGCACUAUGGGCUAUGCCGAUAAUAUCGAUCACGCCAUGGGUCUCAUAACUCCUUGGUCCUUGAUCCCCCAUCUGCUGUUGUCGCACACUGAUCGCAUGACCUUCAGUCAGCGGGCCUACAAUGCCUACUUAUCCCUGUAUGAUGUGAUAAUGCGGCGUUGGGUUUACCUACCAAAAAUGCAGAAGCUCGCAGAGCAGUAUUUCAAGGGAUCCAUUGAGGGUCCGUUACCCAAUGUUCUUGAGCUCGAGCGCAAUAUAUCGCUUGUCCUGAUCAAUGCCCAUCGCAGUAUAGAUCUUCCGAGACCCAGUAUGCCAGGACUCAUAGACGUGGGUGGGGCUCACAUUCAGCAACCAAAGAAGCUGCCCACCGACCUUCAGAACUUCUUGGACAAUGCCGUUAACGGAGUGGUCUACUUUAGCAUGGGCUCUUACGUGAAGAGCACUGAUUUGCCGCCAGAGAAGACAGCCCUGAUUCUCAAGGCCUUUGGCCAGCUCAAGCAGCAGGUGAUUUGGAAGUUUGAAAAUGAAUCCAUCGGCGAUCUGCCCUCGAAUGUGAUGAUUAAGAAGUGGAUGCCCCAGAACGACAUUCUGGCGCAUCCGAAUGUCAAGCUCUUCAUCACGCACGGCGGUAUUUUCGGAACCCAGGAGGGCAUCUACUGGGGUGUUCCGAUGCUGUGCAUACCUCUCUAUGGGGACCAGCACCGGAACACGAUCAAAUCGGUGCGGGAGGGCUAUGCCCGGUCCCUGGUGUUCUCCAAACUCACCACCGAUGAACUGGUGCGCAAUAUCGAGACUCUGAUCAACGAUCCGCAGUACAAGCGCAGUGCUCUGGAGGUCUCGCAGCGCUUCCGCGAUAAUCCCAUACAUCCGCUGGACGAGGCCACCUUCUGGAUAGAGUACACCAUCCGGCACCGAGGGGCACGGCAUCUGAAGUCGCAGGGCGCCUUCAUCCCCCUGUACCAGUAUCUGCUGCUCGACGUCCUGGGAUGCCUGUUGCUGGGCGCCUUCCUCGCCAUCUGGCUCCCGUGGCGGAUGAUCAAGAGGGUCCACAAGUGGUGGCUCAAAGGGGAGGCCUCCGACAAACUUAACCAGAACAAGAAGCGGUUGUAGGAGGAGGCCAGCUCUUAACUAGUCGCCGAUAUAAUUAAUUGUGAUAUAUUUUUAGAUCACAAAUGUACAGAAACCAAGUUUGAUUGUUGUUGUGUACGUACUACUUGCUAUUGUUAGCAAUAAAAAGUGAAAUAUUUACAAAAGCUUAAUAAAAUAGUUAAUAAUACAUUAAAA